AUGGGUUGUGGAGGAGAUUGUCAAGGAAAGAAUGGAGGAUGCGGGAAUGAAAUCGAAAUUGCAACUUCUGAUGUAAAAAAUUUUAGUUCGAGUCCAAAAGAUAGUACUAAUGAGGGAAUUUGGGCUGAUAACGAUAAUAUCUCAUCUGUAGCAGCCAUUCAACGUGCGCACACAAAACAGGGGUAUUUGGACGGACUUAGUCAAGCCAAAGAAUCGUCGCUUCAACAAGGGUUUGACGAAGGAUACCCCGUUGGUGGGGCUAUGGGGGUUCGUGUGGGCGCCAUACUUGCACAAUUGUCAGAUAAUGUGGAAGAGUUUAAUAUUGCAAAGAAUGAAUUAAACAUCACAAAAAUUUUAGAUAAAAAGUAUUUUGAUAAUAACGUAGAUUUAGUACAAGAAAAUCAUCCAAUCUUGGAAAAAUGGGAACAAAGGGUUAAAAUUUUAUAG